CCACUGUCUCCAGAAUGCCAUUAGGAAUGAGCUCGGUCAGUGCGUUUUAGGUUACUGAGAUUCCGUUACAACCCAACGGACCCCACUGUAAACUAAUCUAGUCUACGGAACGAAUACUCGAAAGGAAAAAUUAAUAAUAUUAUUUUUUUUUAAUUCAGGGGGAGGAAAAUUGUAGAUUAGGCUACCGGUAAACGCGCGUGGUCUGGUCGAACCGGAGCGAUGUCUGUCGCUGGGCUAAAGAAGCAGUUCCAUAAAGCCACCCAGAAAGUCAGUGAGAAGGUAGGGGGAGCAGAAGGCACCAAACUUGAUGAUGACUUCCUUGAAAUGGAGAAGAAGGUGGAUACCACUGGCCGGGCUGUGAUGGAUAUAAUGACCAAAACUACUGAAUACCUACAACCUAAUCCAGCUUCUAGGGCUAAGCUGACCCUGAUCGGGACCAUGUCUAAGAUCAGAGGUCAGGAGAAGGGCUCCGGGUACCCCCAGGCAGAGACUGUUUUGGGUGAGGCCAUGCAGCGCUUCGGACGGGAGCUGGGAGAGGAGUCUUGCUUUGGUCUGGCUCUGAUAGAUGCGGGGGAGGCUAUGGGAGAACUGGGAGAGGUGAAGGAUGCCCUGGAUAUGGAGGUCAAACAGAACUUUAUUGAUCCACUUCAGAACCUACACGAAAAAGACAUUAAGGAGAUACAGCACCACCUGAAAAAGAUGGAGGGCCGUCGUCUGGACUUCGACUACAAGAAGAAACGUCACGGAAAAGGAGUUCUGGAGGAGGAGAUCAGACAGGCCUUGGAGAAGUUUGAUGAGAGCAAGGAGGUGGCAGAGCAGAGCAUGUUCAAUCUGCUGGAGAGUGAUAUUGAGCAGGUGAGCCAGUUAGCGGCGCUGGUUCAGGCCCAGGUGGAAUACCACAGACAGGCAGUAGAGAUACUGCAGCAACUCUCCAGCAAGGUGGACCAGAGGAUCAGAGAAGCCCAGGACAAACCCAGAAAGGAGUACGUCCCCAAACCCAGGAUGGUCCUUGACCUGCUCCCCCCCAGCGACAGCCACAAUGGAGGGCUCAAUACCCCGAAGUCCCCUGGGCCGGCACGCUCCCCUGUGCCAGCACGCACCCCAGGACGCGCCCCUGCUCCCAUGGACCAACCGUGCUGCCGGGCGCUGUAUGACUUUGAGCCCGAGAACGAGGGCGAACUGGGCUUCAAAGAGGGUGACACCAUCACCCUGACCAACCAGAUCGAUGACAACUGGUACGAGGGCAUGAUCAACGGCCAAUCGGGUUUCUUCCCCAUCAACUACGUCGAAAUCCUGGUUCCACUUCCUCAUUAGGCCACGCCCCCGCACCCACCCGGUCCACGCCCUGCUUCCUGACGGAGCCCUGCCCAGCCCGAGCCACACGUCCUUCUCCUCUUUUGUUUCUACUGCUUUUCCACAAAGAUUUUCAGCUGAGGAACUGAGGGUUACAACUGCACUGCUUUUUGCGGGUAGAGAAGGAAGAGGAGGGGAAGAAGAGAGUAAAAGAGUGAAGAAGAAAACGAACGGAAGGAGGAAGGAUAAAAUCUGUUACCUGUGCCUAGACGGAUCAGUUUGUUUUCAGUGUUGAAUAUGUUUAUGUGGACGGAAGGAUUGUAAAGACAGAGUUGUGUGUGCGUGCGUGUGUGUGUGUGCGCGUGUGCGCGAGCAUGACUAUCUGUCCGUGCGUGGUAUUUGUUUACUCUGAACCAGCAAUUUCACAGAGACAGAUUGACUCUCUGUCAUGCUAUCCCCUUUCGCUAAUUCCCUGUAUCCUACUGUCUUUCUCGGUGUGUGCGAUCUAGGUCGGAACCCUGCACAGAUGUCAGUCUAACUCCGUUAAGCUUGAAUAUGAUGAUGACCGUGUUUAUAUUACAGGUGUACAUAGGUGUUGUUGUGUUCUGACGGUGUUCAGUCUGUGAUGUCUGUGAGGAGACCCGGAGCAGUGUUUCCUCUGUCCCGCUGAUGCCUCGGGUCACUGGCACCAGCAGACUCUUGCCUGAGUUAUAAAUGGCGCCCAGGGAAGCACAGGGCUCCCGGGGAGGGUAGGAGCUGGGUUAUUGGUGUUAUUAGUCACACAGUGACUCAAAUGGCUCCCUAUUCUCCAUGUAGUGCACUGCUUUUGACCAAGGUCUAUGAUCGAUAUGAGGGUGCCGUUUUGGAACGCAGUCGCGUGCGGUUGUCUGAUUGGUUCUCCUGCCGCCCGUCGAGACUCACUGUUUUGAAGAGAGUCUAUGUGACUGGACGUGGGGGAGGGCUUGUCAGCAGCCUGGUUUCUUUAAAUUACAGCAUUAGAAUGUUUAAGAGUUAAAGUCCUCCUUUCAAAGUAAAAGUCCCUUUCUUGCAGAAUAUGAAGAAACAGAGCAGGCCUGUUUUAAGAGGUCAGGUCUGCACAUGGCACCAUAUUUCUCAUGUAGUCCCCAAAUCAUUUUGUAGGCUCUAUCUAGUUCCCUGUUGCUUUUGUAGGCUCUAUGUAGUUCCCCGUUAAAAUCCCAAAGAAUUGCCCUAUUCCCUAUUUAUUCCUAUUGUAGUCCCUUAUCUGUGAUUUAGUUCAUAUGUAAUCUCCUAUUACUUAUGUAGUUCCUAUGUAGGCCCAGUUGUUUACGUAGUCCCCUAUUCCUAAUGCCAGAGCUGUACAGCCAAAGCACCCGUGUCUCUCUCAGGUUCAAACCAUGGGUGGUGAGUGGGUUGUAGAGCUGUGUCCAACUCGGCGCCCGAUUCCCUAUGUUGCGUACUAAUUUGGACCCGCUCUGAUGAAACAUAGUGCAGUAUGUAGGGAAUAGGGCACCAUUUGCCAUGAAGACAUCUCUUGCGGUAGGGGCAGCGUGGAUUAUAUUUAUUAUCAAUCAACGUAUGUAAAUGACUUACAAUAAUACUGUUUCCUGUGUUAUCACAAACAAAACAGCUGUUAGUUGUUGUGAGUAUGAACGAGUAUUGAUACUUCCUUUAUGCUGUUAAUGGGUAUCACUGAAUUACAUAUUGUAUUAACUUGCCCUUUCUCGUCCAGAGUAACCAUAUAGAUUCACAUUCACGAUGUUUGAAAGGCGUUACAGGAUCAUAUUGCCAUCCGGUAAUGAGUGUACAUGACCAGAAUGCUUUUUUUUUUUUUCACUUAUUGUGUUGUUUACUCCAUGAUGUGUUUGUUUGUGUUGUGUAUUUUGCAUGCCAACUUCAAAAAUACAGUGUUGUUUACCUGUAUUUGUGUCUUACAGUAUUAUUUGGAUGUUUCUUCCAAUAUUAUAUGCCCCUUUUCAUUUAUUCGUAACUUUUAAACACCCUGGUGAGGUUUGUCAAUGUUGUCCUUUAAGUUACUAGCCUCAAAAUCCUGACGUACCAAGGUCCAAAUGGACCACAUAUAUUAGAACUUUGAAUUGGAACUUCCCACAAACACCUAUGAAAAACACAGCCUUUCUAACUGUGAUGCCCAGCUGUGAGUGUGUGAGUCUGGCUGGCCCUUCCUGUCUGAACAUUUCCAUGAUCUACAAACACAAAUACAGAAUUUUAACUGGCCCUGUUACAUUGCAGUCACAGCACUUUUGGUUCACAGGAAAUGUUUGAAUAAGUUGCUGUAUUUCUCUCUUUUUCUUGUUGAUGCUCUUCACAGACAGUACCCUGUUUAUAUGCUGUUUUCCAUCUGCCCCAAUGCCUUCACAGCAAAACCUAAUGUUUACAUUUUACAAAGAAACCCGAGGAUUUUACGUAAAUUUGUUUUAGUGAUGUGUUACAAAUUGCUAGUGUACCUGCCUUACCCUAUAUUGCACCACAUUAUCCUACAUCAUCCUGUGUCACACUACAUUACACUGUUUUACCCUGAAUUACACAUUAUUACACAACAUUACCUUACAUUUAACUAAGUUACUGCACAUUGAACUAUCCUACCUAACAUGUUCUGCAGCUUCAGCUUGACUAUUGACUGAUGGUUUAGGGAGUGUAGACCACUGGUAGGAGACACGUCCUGUAGUUGUCAGUGUAAUCAUUUCUAGGUAGAGGCCCAUCUCCACAUAGACCCAGUGUAAUCAUUUCUAGGUAGAGGCCCAUCUCCACAUAGACCCAGUGUAAUCAUUUCUAGGUAGAGGCCCAUCUCCACAUAGACCCAGUGUAAUAAUUUCUAGGUAAAGGCCCAUCUCCACAUAGACCCAGUGUAAUCAUUUCUAGGUAGAGACCCAUCUCCACAUAGACCCAGUGUAAUCAUUUCUAGGUAGAGACCCAUCUCCACAUAGACCCAGUGUAAUCAUUUCUAGGUAGAGGCCCAUCUCCACAUAGACCCAGUGUAAUCAAUUCUAGGUAGAGGCCCAUCUCCACAUAGACCCAGUGUAAUAAUUUCUAGGUAAAGGCCCAUCUCCACAUAGACCCAGUGUUAUCAUUUCUAGGUAGAGGCCCAUCUCCACAUAGACCAAGUGUAAUCAUUUCUAGGUAGAGACCCAUCUCCACAUAGACCCAGAGUAAUCAUUUCUAGGUAGAGACCCAUCUCCACAUAGACCCAGUGUAAUCAUUUCUAGGUAGAGACCCAUCUCCACAUAGACCCAGUGUAAUCAUUUCUAGGUAGAGACCCAUCUCCACAUAGACCCAGUGUAAUCAUUUCUAGGUAGAGACCCAUCUCCACAUAGACCCAGUGUAAUCAUUUCUAGGUAGGGACCCAUCUCCACAUAGACCCAGUGUAAUCAUUUCUAGGUAGAGACCCAUCUCCACAUAGACCCAGUGUAAUCAUUUCUAGGUAGAGACCCAUCUCCACAUAGACCCAGUGUAAUCAUUUCUAGGUAGAGACCCAUCUCCGCAUAGACCCCCACCACUGCGACUGUUCAGCCAUUCUGUUUACUUGAUUUAUUACAUGGGCAUGUUCAGGGCUACAACAUAAUAGAGCACCCUCUGUGUCUAAGGAGAGGUUUGAGAGCUGGGCUAGAACGAGCCGGCCUGGCUGCUCCUCUGUUUCUGCUCAUGUUUUCCAGGUCUGUGCUGUCAUGGUGUAGAAUGAGAACCAGUGACAAUGCUGUGGAUGAACAGUGGUUGGAGCAAUGUUGUUGCCACAUUAUUUCAAUAGAAAAAUGUAAUAUGACGACAUUGAAUCCAUUUAAAAAAUGUUGGAUUAGCUAUCAAUGUAUUCUGUUUUGUUUCUUUCCCCUAAUUUUUCACCUGAAUCCAGUGACAUGGUCAGUUUGUUUCUUGAUUUUAAGUUGAAUUCCUGUAUGUUCACACAACCACAUUUUGUUGGAAGGUGUUGACAGUACCAACAAAACAGAUCAUUAGCAAUCUAGAAUCUAGGAACAGUCUAGAAUCUCGGAACAGUCUAGAAUCUCGGAACAGUCUAGAAUCUAGGAACAGUCUACAUUCUGAUUGUUUUAGAUGGUGCUUGGUGUAUCAGGCUGGUUCUGCUCUAGUACAAACUGCCUGCCAUGGAGUUGGCAAGCACACAAACAGACCUGAAACCCAGGCCUUUUCUGGUAUUUAUAAAAUCCUUUAUUGUCACAGAUUCACUGUUGCGGCUAAAUUAAAGUUCCAGGCUGCAAGAUAUUCAGAUGCAUGAUGUGAAUAAAAUAUGUGCCCUGUAGAGUCCUGCUAUAGAAUGUGCAGAUCACUGCUUAUUUUGUUGCUGCUUUUCAUAGAAUGUCUGUAGACCACAAGCGGCUUCAAUUAACAGCAUGGGUUUUCAUUUUCUUCCUGUGCUUUUAACGUUGAGGUUCUCGUUGGCCUUAUGCUCGGUUUGUUGUGCUGGAGCUAGAGGGACAGUUAGAGGACAUAACUGGGAGAAAAUGCAUUUACACAUGGACAUUGCCACUGAAUACCAUUUACCUUGGAAACUUAAUUUAGUUAGUUGAUCUCUUCUAUGACCGGGGUUGAUCAUGUGAUCACAACUCCAAUCAGCUCAUCAGGAGAGAUAAACCAAUUAAUAAUAUAGAAAUAAACUAACUUGAAAUGGCCAUAACCCAUUUUGGAACAGAUGCUAUAAUUUAACGGAUACAUACAUACAUUCCAUCUCUGUGGCACGGAUUCACUUAUGCAGUCAUUCCACCUCUAUGGCACAGAUACACUUAAGAUCUGUCUGUCCACCUCUAUGGCUGAAACCUUCUAGAGUCUGUGACUGGGAGUGGCAGACAGUUAGUUAAUAGGCUGGUGGGGGGUGUCAUUCUCUCCCCAAUAACCAACUGUCCUCAAGACAUUUAAAAAAAUCAUAUAACUACUUUUCUCAAUAAAAGGUCUUGCAAAAACAGAUGUUUAUUUUAUUACCACUUCACACAUUCCUGAGAGAUGGUUGGCCCUGUAGUGUUUAGGUUGCAUCCCAAAUGACACCCUAAAAUAUUGCCCCCACUGUACCAUAUAAGUACUGAUGCGCUAUUUGGGACUUUACAUACUGUAGACCAGGUGUUCUACUCAGGAACACAGGGAUUUGUUUUGAUUGUUUAUCAGCUUUGGAGACCAGGUGCUGUUCACACUCACAAGCACAAGCCAACAAGGUGAACAAUCGGUUUUGUACUUGAGCAAGAAACUCUGUAAAUCGCUCUGAACCGUCUACAAAAUGACUGAGCUGCAAAUGUAAUGUGGUGGUUGGGCACGCCACAAACACAGUCAACAGGAGGGUCCCGCCAACAAAGUCAGAAGUCAAUUGACUACUUAAAGGUGAACUCCUUCAGUGGCAGUGUCCAUGCUAAAACAGCCUUCGAAACCUAGAGGCCUCCAUCCUUCUCUAUGGUUCGAUUUACAUCUCGAGCUGUGUCAGUCUCUGAAAUGGCACCCCCAUUCCUAUGUAAGACUCUGAUCAAAGUUUGGCCACUAAACAGGGAAUAACCUCCCCCACUAUAUAGGAAAAGGGAUGUCAUUUUGGACAUGCCCUCUGUGUCAUACAUGAUGUAGUGCUGUAAUCUACUCAUGGACGAGUGUGCAACUUACAGGCCACUGGGACAGUUGUAAUAGACGUGUGACUUUAAAUUAGAGAACCAUCAGUGUACAGUCUGAAAAGAGUGGAAUACAGUCAAGUAUUAUUAGAGUGGAGUAUAAUUGAAUACAGUGAAGCAUGAAUAGAGUGGAGUAUAGUGGAAUAUAGUAAAGUAUGAAUACAGUAGUAGUAUAGAGUGUAGAUAGAGCAUAGCAGAAUGCAGAAGUGGAAUACUUCUGUAUUCCACAAUAAAUAUCAUGAUUUGAUUAUUGUGGAAUACAGUAGUAGAAAAUAUUGUAAAAAUACAGUCUAAAACAGUCAAAUGCCUGGUCAGAAGGGAAGCUGUAUUUUAGCAGCGCACAUUGUCUUUUCCCCUGCAAACCAAAGGGCAGAUCUGGAAUGGCUCCCCCUAUAGGACCCCUGUGGUAGUGCUGGAGAUAAGGUGCCAUUCUGGAUGUUACCCAGGAUUUCUUGCUGUGGAGGAGUAGAGGAAUGGAGAGGUGGGGUUAUGCAGAGUUGGUGGAAUGGCGGAACAGGGGUAUGGAUAAAUGGGGGGGGUUAUAGAGGGUUAGGGGUAUGAAGGGGUGGGGGUGUGAAGGAAUAGAGGAAUGGAGGGGUCAGGUUAUCAAGCUUAUGAUAAUAGGGAAGGAGGUGGAUGUAGAAGGAAUAGAGGAAUGGAGGGGUCAGGCUAUGAAGCUUAUGAUAAUAGGGAAGGAGGUGGAUGUAGAAGGAAUAGAGGAAUGGAGGGGUCAGGCUAUGAAGCUUAUGAUAAUAGGGAAGGAGGUGGAUGUAGAAGGAAUAGAGGAAUGGAGGGGUCAGGCUAUGAAGCUUAUGAUAACAGGGAAGGAGGUGGAUGUAGAAGGAAUAGAGGAAUAGAGGGGUCAGGCUAUGAAGCUUAUGAUAACAGGGAAGGAGGUGGAUGUAGAAGGAAUAGAGGAAUGGAGGGGUCAGGCUAUGAAGCUUAUGAUAACAGGGAAGGAGGUGGAUGUAGAAGGCACAGGAGGUAUCUUCCAGUGCUGUUGAUGUUGCUGUGUUAGACUACCAGGCUCUGUCUGUUGUAAAGUUAUGACUACAUUAUAAGUAACAUGUGAUUUAUUGAAAUAAACACUAUCACACAACCAGA